AUGAAGUUCGCCAAGGAGCUUGAGAGAGAAGCUGUGCCUGAAUGGCGCAUCAAGUAUCUCAAUUACAAGGUUGGAAAGAAACACAUCAAAGCCGUUGGAAGAGCUCUUGCGCGCGCGAAUGGAACCCCAAGAGGAAUUGGGCCGAUACGGACAAACACAUUCCAAUCACCCGCGACACCACGAACACCCUUUACGAGACAAGGCACCGCGACGACGACGAUAGGAUCUCCAUCGGCAGUUGCACCACCGCGAUCAAUUCCCACCCCCAAAACCGCAGGUCGCGAAGAUGAGUCACUCAAAAAUUCUAGCGAUAACCGCCACUAUGGAAGCUUCGUCGAAACGCCCCCAGAGCCAUCGCCUUUGGAUGAUAGCGCGCCCAAAGCUCGCGACUUUCAAUUGCCUGCGCCCGCAAUGAAAGUUGACGACCACGACGAUGUUCAUGAUCAUCACCUCCCAGGAUCGCCUGCUACUACCGGGCCAUCUGAGCUUAUGCGACGGAGCUUGAAGCGAAUCGAUCCGCGACGAACAUCAUCAGCUAGUAUCGUAACGACAGUUGCAUCGCCCGAAAUGAUCAGCCACCGAACCCCUACCGGGGCAACCGCCAAAGACUCACCCUCUCACCUCCGACGACUAUUCACCCAUCAAUCGACAAGAAGCGGAGGAAGAGGCGACUUCGACAUGCAGAAUUUUGAUCUAGUACGAGAAAAGGAGAAAGAGUUCUUUGAUUUCCUCGACACAGAGCUGGAAAAGGUCGAGGGCUUUUACAAGAUGAAGGAAGAGCAAGCUGGCCAGAGGCUGGACAUUCUGAGAGUACAACUCCACGAGAUGCGGAACCGACGAAUCCAGGAGAUGGCCGACGAACGUGUCCGCGAGGCGAAUCCACCAAAGAACGGCAAAGGUCCUAGCGAGAACGGCAAUGGCAAGCUUAACGGACUUAUGGACCCUAUCAAGGCCAAGAUCUUUCCUGUUGGGCCCAACACCAGGGCGCUGCAAAAGAUGAGCCUCACCCCCAAUGCAAAUGGUGUCAUGCAGGAUGCAGAGAGAGACUAUAUCCGUCGUCCGAGUCACCACGAAGUCCCGUACCGUACAGCUAAGAGAAAACUGAAACUCGCCCUUCAAGAGUUUUACCGUGGACUUGAACUGCUCAAGUCAUAUGCUUUGCUUAACCGCACUGCUUUCCGAAAACUCAACAAGAAAUACGACAAGGCCGUUAAUGCUCGACCUCCGUACCGUUAUCUUAACGAGAAGGUCAACCAAUCGUGGUUCGUCAACAGUGAUGUUCUUGAGGGACACAUUCGAACAGUUGAAGACCUGUACGCUCGUUAUUUUGAGCGUGGCAACCACAAACUGGCUGCAGGCAAGCUCCGCAGCUUGAACAAGAAGCCUGAAGAUCAGUCAAUCGGCAUGUUCCAGAAUGGUUUGCUCAUCGGAACUGGCGCAGUCUUUGCCAUUCAAGGUCUCAUUUACGGAGCACAGCUUCUAUACGAUGAUGAUGACCAACUGCGUCUCCGGACGAGCUAUCUCAUGCAGAUUUACGGAGGUUAUUUCCUCAUGCUUUAUCUGUUCUCACUCUUCUGUAUCGACUGCAUGCUCUGGAACCAGAACAAGGUCAACUACCCCUUCAUCUUCGAGUUCGAUCAACGACAUCAUCUAGACUGGAGAGAGCUGGCUCAGUUUCCCAGUUUCUUCUUUCUUGUGUUAGGCUUGUUCAUGUGGGUCAACUUUAGUAGAUAUGGCGACCCCGACAUGUACAUUUACUACCCGGUUAUUCUUAUAUUCUUCACUGUUGUUAUUCUAUUCUUUCCGGCACCUACGAUAUUGCAUAGAAGUCGGCGCUGGUUUGCAUACUCUCAUUGGCGAUUGCUGUUGGCUGGUCUUUACCCGGUCGAGUUUCGUGAUUUCUUUCUUGGAGAUAUUUAUUGUUCACUUACAUAUUCUACUGCGAACAUUGAACUCUUCUUCUGUUUAUACGCCAACAACUGGCAGAAUCCCGUUCAGUGCAACUCCAGUCACUCUCGUGCUCUGGGAUUCCUGACGGCUCUGCCACCAAUCUGGCGAUUUUUACAAUGUCUUCGCCGAUAUAAGGAUACCCGGAAUGUUUUUCCACACUUGGUCAACGGCGGCAAGUAUACAAUGACCAUCCUAGCUGCCGUGAUGCUCUCUUUGUACCGUAUACAUGAUACUACGACUCACCUGGCACUUUUCAUUACCUUUUCGACCAUCAACAGUGUUUACUGCUCAUUCUGGGAUCUCUUCAUGGAUUUCUCACUUCUUCAACCUGGUUCCAAACACAAGGGUCUUCGAGAGAUUCUCGCCCUCAAGCGCCGAUGGAUGUACUACUUCAUCAUGAUCAUCGACCCCAUCCUGCGAUUCGCCUGGAUCUUCUACGCCAUCUUCACCCACAACACUCAGCAUUCUACCAUCGUCUCUUUCAUGGUGGCCUUUAUGGAAGUCACCCGUCGUGGCAUGUGGACUCUAUUCCGUGUUGAGAAUGAGCACUGCAGUAAUGUAUCCCAAUACAAAGCUUCUCGCGACGUCCCUCUCCCCUACAACAUGGAGCCGCUCAUGGCCCGCGCUAGUACCGACGGAUCUGCCGCCGCUCAGGAGAACGAGGGUACUACAGGCGCCGUCUCCUUCGAGGAACCCACUCGUCAAGCCACAGCCGAAUCCACCGGUGUAUCGCUUGGACAAGCGGAAGAAGGCACAUCUCGCCGCCGGGCCGGAACUAACGCACCACCUCCUCCAAAGCGCACGCUCUCACGUAUGCUUGCCGAAGCGCACAAGCAGGACUUUGAGAAGAAGCGUCGCCCGUUGGAGCAGACUGACGAAGAUCCGAAUGCUGAGGAGCAGUCUGACGAUGAGGAUGAUGCAGAUGAGGCUGUUAGUCUGCUUGAGAUGUCUGAAGCUGAGAAUCUAGCUCGGACAUCGACUUCUAGAUAUCGCUGA